CCGGUUUGAGAAUACCAUAAACAUGAAUGAAAUUAUACAUUCGGAUUUGGUAUUUUUUUCUCAUUUCAUAUUUUAAGUAAAAUACCGUUUAAUAAUCUCGAAUAUUUUAUGAAGAUGAUUUAAAAUAAAACCAUUUGUUGUUUCUGGUGCUUUUUGUUUUAUAUGUCAAAGUGGUAUUUUCGAAGAAAUGGGUUAAUUUAAAAACCGAAAUUACCGGAGGAUUAGCAUAUCGUUAUGAAUGCCGAUCUCGCAGCUGAUAACAUUUCAUUUUAUGGUUUAUUCAAUUCUGACGCCUAUGAUACUCUAAUUAAGCACGUUGAAGAGGAAUUGAAGGAAAAUGCUAGACAAUUGGAAGCUUGUGUGUCGGAAGUGACUGAUUUAUGUUUAGAAUUCCCCGAGAAGAAAGAAGAUGAAGAGAAUCCGGUUGAAGCCCUAAAAUUUGUCCGCCAGAAUCGAAUAUUAGAUUCUCUGAGUUGCUUUGAUUUAGAUGCCGAUCAAUUAACUUGUACCUUAUCUGAUAUAAUUCAGAACAGCGAGAGAAAUGAAAAGCAACUCGCAUUAGAUAUUUUAUACACAUUCGAAAAAGAAGGUAUUGUUUAUCCUAAACCGGGAGCUGACUUAAGCGAAUCCAGGUUAAAUGUCGUAGACGAUGCUGGUGACAGAGCAACUCAGGAUACAUGGAAUGUUCUCAUAUCGAAACUCAAGCGUUCUCUUUUGCACGAUGCUACGCCAGAAUCUAUAUCUUUGGCGUCAGCUUUUUCUUGUCCUCAAUCUUUAUGGACCUCAUACAGUGUUUUACGAAUGCAGUAUUUACAAAACCUCUUCCGAUCAUCACCUACCUCUACUUUUACAGAAUAUAUCGAUUCAGUGGUCCAAAAGUUGAAGAUUUAUACAUCUUGUGCCAUAUCAGAUUUGGAAAGUGUAGCAUGUGGAGCCCUUAGCCCACCACCCAACGCCUUGAAUGUUCUUUAUGAAGAUGUUUUAUUUGAUUUGUGCCAUUCUAUAUCAAACAUGCUGCAACCAACUGAGUGCAAUGGCCGACUAUCAUCAACUCCAGACGCUGUUAGAAAGUCCAGGAGCGAAGCUACUUUCAAAAAACCACCCUUAUCUAGACUUCGGCAGCAGAGUAGUUCUGUAGAAAACCUUAACACAAACCAUGUCCUAAGCACAGAGCAAUUACUCGACUUAUGUAGAUUUAUAGACGCUGCAUCCGAUGCUCUUCGGGAAAUAGAAGAGAUGAAUUACUGUUUACUUUCCUCUCUACCUCGUUCUCGCACUAGAUCUGUAAAAUCAGCUUUAAAGCCAGUUACAAACAAAGAAGAUAUACCCGAAACUCGAAAAAUCUGGGUGUCGUACUUGGACAAGCACUCUCAGGCCGUUAUUGCUACUAUUCAAAUAUACUUGAAAGAAAAUGUCCAAAAUAUAAAAUUCUGCGAAGAGUUUCAUGUUUUACCGGGAAGAAGCCCAAAAAUAAUUGACAAGCAAAUACUGAGAAUAUGGAACAAUAUAAAUAGAAUUGUUCCAGUGUCAAAAGAAAGCUCUACAGUAGUUCAGAAUGCUUUUACCGAUUAUUGUUCUCAUUCGUUGAAGAAUCUAAUGAAACAGUUUUACGCAUUUUUGGAAAUCAUUGCUAGUGGAGAUAGGUCUAAUGAAGAUUAUUUUCACGUACUGGCCUCUACUAUAUACCUAGCCGAAAAAACAAGAAAGAUAAGUGCGAAAUCCGACUUCGGCCAACUUGUGGGAGCUGUUAUCGACCAAAUAGUUUCCUCUCAAAUGUCAGUCAUCUCAUCUAGCGUUCUUCAAGACGCUGAUAGUCAAUUUUGGAAAAGCAGUCAAGCAUUUUAUGAAGAUGAAAGAUGUUCUUUUUCAGUUCAAGCUUGGCAUAACAGGAUGUUUUACAUACGGCAUCACCUGGCAAAAAUUGGUGUACCAGCCACAGAGAGUCGUAAAGUAUUGUCAAGAAUUCUAAAAGAGUCGCUAGAUAUCUUAGUAGAUCGUUAUAUAAUGGCGGAACCAUCGUACAAAAAGACGCCUUUAAUUCUAAAAGAUAUUCUAUCAACUCUUCUUUUCGCUUCCGACCACUUGUUGGCGGCUUCCUCAAAUAUUGGCGACUAUCUAGACGCUGUGGAAUCAAAUGUCUACAGAUGGAUCCAUACAAAUUGUAGUUCUCUGCUGGCAACGAUGGCAAUAGUUUCUUCUCCACUAAAAACAUUGUACCGCACUUUUAAAAGAGGUUAUGCAAAGAAAAAAACAAAUGCUUGCGAAGAUGAAUUAUUUCUUAAGGCCUAUCCAUCUCAUUGGCUGUCUUGGAUUAGACCAAGUUUAAUUCCGUUUGGCUUUUCUUCUAUGUUCGAAUUGCAGACUUUUUCCGCAAUUUAUUUACAAGUUGAAUUGCUAUCUUCUCAGACUGAGCCUCGGUUAGACUUACUUUUGGAAGCUUUAACGCUAAAGCAUUAUACAUUGAGUAUACUACUGCUGAAGAAUGUAACUGACGAAAAAUAUUUUACUUCGGUUCUCUUCUUACUAGUUCAUACCUUUCCUGAUGCUUUAAAAUCUUGUUUAAUUCCACUAAUUGACUCGGCUGACGAAUGGUCUGUUUUGGACGGCCAUUCUACGCCGACAAUAUGGCUCAAAUCUCUCAUUACUCUUCUGGAACCAUUGUUUAAGCGACCAAGUAGAGUAGCCAAAAAGUUCUUAGAACGCACAAUACCCCAUUCCAUAUUUAAAGAUGACUUGUUGGCAUGUGGCUGUCAACCCUCACUAGAAGACGAUUCUACGGAAUUUGAUUCAUUUUCGGAAGCAUUAACGUAUUUAAUCCGGUCUUUUGUUGACUUGAGCGCAAGUUUACCCCCUGCACUGGCUUCUUUCAUCACAGCAGCCGAUUCAAAAACAGAUAAUGCUCCAAGAAAGAGCGUUGCUUGUUUAUUGUUUGCAGCAGCAGCUAGAAACACCUUACAAAGGAUGGAGAGUACUACAUUGGCCCAAGCAAUUUUUAGUGUGCUUGUCUUCGAGAAACCUUCAAAUAAAAUAGCCGCAGAGUUUGUUAAAAAGAAUGAAAAAUUCGUGGAAGCAUGUGUUAAGAAGAUCAUUAAAAAUACGGAAAGAACAGAAUGUGGAGAAAUAGAAGAUGUUGACAAAUAUCUAUCUCAAGAAAGUGAAUUAGUAUUUUCAACAAUAUCUGAUUGUGUCCUGGAAAAGAUAGACGGAAAGAACGCUUUUAAUAAUGUAUAUCAAUUAGUGACGCAAAAUAAGUGUUGGGUAGGCAGCGAGCUCAAAGUUUCUCUCUUCUUCGGCGUUCAAUCAGCUGACGUUGAAUUUCAAAUGCCGGUCGACGUUAUUGAUGAGCCAUUUAAUCCCAUUCAAGAGUCAACGCACGUUCAUGGCGUUCGAUUUGAACAUAAAUUUGUAGAGGAAUAUCAGCUCGAUUGGGAGCGGCUACUACAAAAUGAUUUGGGACUAUCGGAGGCAAAUGUUCGGCUAUUAAUAAGUAAGCGAAUUGAGUUCAGGGAUAAUAACGGAUUAAGUGAUGACGAAUUAAAAUACGUCAAAACCCUCAAACAGGUUUUCGCCAUUCCUUGACUGUGUUGUCUCAGUAGUUGGAAUAAAUUACUUACAGAAUUAGAAA